AUAAAAAAAAUGGUAGCCAAGGCCACCCCAAGGCCCAAGCUAACACUAUGCUUCGCCCCGGCUAGCAUAACAAUACUUAACUGUUGUUGGCACAACGAUAGUUAUUUGCUGUUGGUAGCGAACGUCAGUUAACUACCUUUGGGAUUAUUUUGGUCUUUUAAUGGGCAAGAGAGCAAUUUUGUGUGUGACAAUAGCAAUUUUCUAAAUUGAAUUAACAUUUAUUUGUUCCUCAAAUUAUCCUUUCAUGGAAAAAAGAGGCCAAACAAAAGUCAAAAUAUAGAAAAACGAAUGGACAUCAGCCUUUUUCUAUUUUUGUUGAGCAAAGCGGCAAUGACGCGGGAAGCAAUGAAUGAUGGAGGCUUUUGUGUAUGUGUUUUUGGCACUUAUCUUGUGUGGUUGUGCAAAUAGCAAAGAAUGCAUAAAUAAUUUGCCUCAAUCGCAUACGUUGCGAACUGAAUUAAUGGCAUCAAAGAAUGAGACAUGGAAGAAAGAAGUGAUGAUGUAUCAGUCUCAUGUUCAUGUGACACCAUCCGAUGAAUCGGCUUGGCAAGAAAUGAUUCCAAAGGAGAUGUUCUUAACACAAGAAAACCAACGUGAUUGGGCUGCUAAGUAUAGGGAAAUGAAGAAUGCCGAUGUGUCUAAGCCACCUGUUGGAUUUCUCAAAGAAGUUCCACUUGGGGAUGUGAGGUUGCUUGAAGGUUCUAUCCAUGCUCAAGCACAGAAGACUAAUUUGGAGUAUUUGUUGAUGUUAGAUGUUGAUAGGUUGAUUUGGAGUUUCAGGAAGAUGGCUGGUUUACCGACUCCUGGUGCACCUUAUGGUGGAUGGGAGAAACCAGAUCAGGAACUCAGAGGACAUUUUGUUGGGCAUUACUUAAGUGCAACAGCUCAAAUGUGGGCCAGCACAAACAACAAUAUCGUGAAGGAUAAAAUGUCGGCUCUUGUUUCCGGUCUGUCCGCCUGUCAGGAAAAAAUUGGAACGGGAUAUCUGUCUGCAUUUCCAACCGAGUUUUUUGAUCGAAUUGAAAAUCUUGAAUAUGCAUGGGCUCCAUAUUACACCAUUCACAAGAUCUUGGCUGGCCUUUUGGAUCAAUAUACAAUAGCUGGAAACCCUCAAGGUCUGAAAAUGGUUACAUGGAUGGUCGAUUACUUUUACAACAGAGUGAUGAAUGUAAUACAAAAGUUCACUGUAAAUAGACACUAUCAAUCCCUGAAUGAGGAAGCUGGAGGAAUGAAUGAUCUCCUUUACAGAUUAUAUAGCUUAACGAGGGAUCCAAAGCAUCUGGAGUUGGCGCACCUUUUUGACAAGCCGUGCUUUUUAGGGGUGCUUGCAGUACAGGGUAAUGACAUAGCUGAUUUUCACGCUAAUACACAUAUCCCAAUUGUUGUUGGAGCCCAAUUGCGGUAUGAACUCACAGGUGAUUUACAUUAUAAGGAUAUUGGGCAAUACUUUAUGGACAUUGUAAACUCUUCUCACGCCUAUGCAACAGGAGGAACAUCAGUCGGCGAGUUCUGGAGAAAUCCAAAGAGAAUAGCUGACAACCUAAAAUCAGCAGAGACCGAAGAAUCUUGCUCAACUUACAAUAUGUUGAAGGUUUCGCGGCACCUGUUCAGAUGGACCAAAGAAGUCACUUACGCAGAUUAUUAUGAGCGUGCCUUAACGAAUGGUGUACUCAGCAUUCAAAGAGGAACAGAUCCUGGAGUGAUGAUUUAUAUGCUUCCUCUCGGCCUUGGUGUUUCCAAAGCACAAACGUAUUGGAAAUGGGGAACGCCAUUUGAUUCUUUCUGGUGCUGCUAUGGAACAGGAAUUGAAUCAUUCUCAAAGCUGGGAGAUUCUAUCUAUUUUGAAGAAGAAGGGAAACAUCGUAGUCUAUACAUCAUUCAGUACAUAUCAAGCUCAUUUAAUUGGAAUUCUGGAACUGUCAAUAAAAAAAAUCAUAAUCGGAAAUCUGGUCAACUUUUGCUCACUCAGACAGUUGUUCCAGCUUCUUCGUCGGACCCUUUCCUACGAGCGACAUUUACCUUCUCUCCUACUGCGGCAAUUGGGACUUCGUCAACAUUGAACUUUCGUAUACCAUCAUGGACUCUUGCAAAUGGUGCCAAGGCACUAUUGAAUUCUGAAACUUUACCUCUGCCAGCUCCAGGGAAUUAUUUGUCAAUCACACGACCAUGGAGUGCGAGUGACAAGCUGACCCUUCAAUUGCCUCUUACCAUCAGAACAGAAGCCGUAAAAGAUGACAGACCUGAAUUUGCAUCACUUCAAGCCAUUCUUUACGGACCAUAUCUUCUCGCCGGUCACACCACCAGCAUUUGGGACAUUAAAGGCGUUACUAACAAAGCUGUUGCAGACUGGAUUACUCCAAUUCCAUCCAAUUACAGUAGUCAACUAGUUUCUUAUUCACAAGACAUCAACAAAUCAACUCUUGUUAUAACCAACUCAAAACAAUCACUUACGAUGGAAAUAUUACCCGGACCUGGCACUGAAAAUGCUCCUCAUGCUACCUUUAGACUUAUCCCAAAAGACGCUGACGGUAAAACUGUGAUGUUAGAACCAUUUGAUCUUCCUGGAAUGACUGUAAGUCACCAAGGACCAGAGAAACCUCUUAUCAUUGUAGAUUCUUCCCAUGGCGGGCCUUCUUCGGUUUUUCUUGUGGUACCGGGCUUGGAUGGACGAAAUCAAACAAUAUCUUUAGAAUCACAAAGCAAUAAAGAUUGUUACGUGCAUAGCGAUAUGAGUGCUGGUUCAGGAGUUAAGCUUGUGUGCAAGUCUGCUUCUGAAACUAGUUUUAACCAAGCAAAUAGUUUUGUUUCAGGGAAAGGAUUAAGGCAAUACAAUCCUAUCAGCUUUGUGGCUAAAGGUGCAAAUCAGAAUUUUCUUUUAGAGCCACUGUUCAACUUCAGGGAUGAGCACUAUACAGUUUAUUUCAACCUUCAAGGUUGAUACAGUAUAGCAUAAAGAUGGGCACGGACAAUAUAUUUUUUAUUUUUUUUAUUGUAUUUUGUUGUACAUAUAUUUUAUAUAAAUUUAUUUA